AUGGCGAGCCCGACGUCGUCCUUCGAAAAGUCGAAGUCGUCCGUACGUGUCGAGCUCACAGGCGAGCUUGACGAGUGUCAGUUCGCGGUCGCGGACGAAGGGCAAGACAACAUGUCUUCGAUAGGUCCAAUCCCUGAUGGCGCGUCUGCCGCCGUCUUGAAGCCCUCCGAACCAAUGCCAGACUUUGCAGUCUCGGUUCAAGGUCCGAACUUCGACGAAGAGAUGACUCUGCACAAGCUUCUUGCAAGCUACCAGCGAAUCGGAUUCCAGGCGAAUAGUCUGGGGAAGGCUAUUGACAUUGUCAACAAAAUGCGCAAAUGGCGACUAUCCGAUGAACCGCUCACGGAAGACGAGUCGGAAGACUAUCGUCCACCGGAGGUCCGAGCGCAGACGAAAUGCAACGUCUUCCUCGGCUACACUUCCAAUCUCAUCUCAUCUGGACUGCGCGAAGUUAUCCUCUAUCUCGUAAAACACAAGCAUGUGAACGCAAUAGUGACCACUGCCGGAGGUAUCGAAGAAGACUUUAUCAAAUGUCUCGGCAAGACGUACUUGGCAGACUUCAACCUGGAUGGCGCAGACCUGCGAAGACGAGGGAUGAAUCGCAUCGGAAACCUCAUCGUGCCCAACGACAACUACUGCAAGUUCGAGGAUUGGCUCACGCCUAUCCUCGACGCCAUGCUUGCUGAGCAAAAGGAGACCGGGCAAGUGUGGACACCGAGCUCCUUCAUUCGGAGACUGGGAAAGGAAAUAAACAACGAAGAAUCUGUAUAUUACUGGGCAUACAAAAACGACAUUCCGGUCUUCUGUCCCGCGCUCACCGAUGGCUCCCUCGGAGACAUGAUCUAUUUUCACUCGUUCCGCAAUCCUGGCCUUAUCGUGGAUAUUGUGCAAGAUAUACGCAACUUGAACGAGCUGUCACGAAGGUCGAAAAAAGCGGGGAUGAUAAUCUUAGGAGGUGGCGUCUGCAAGCACCAGAUUGCGAAUGCAAUGCUCAUUCGUAACGGUGCUGACUACUCGGUGUAUAUCAACACCGGGCAAGAGUUUGACGGCUCAGAUUCUGGAGCUCGGCCAGACGAGGCUAUAUCGUGGGGCAAGAUCCGAGCAGGCUCGGAAUCGGUCAAGGUUUUCGCAGACGCAACAUUGGUGUUCCCACUGCUUGUAGCAGCUACGUUCGCCAAACCCGAAUCUCAGUCAUAGAGCGCGACACAGCACUCCGAAGUAGUCCUGUAUCCAUUACGCGGUGCAUUGCAGACAGCAAAACAAGAAAGCAAGGAAAGCCAAAGUAAGACAAAAGUGAUGUACCCGGAUCCGCAGCAUAUGCACACAUGAAUCCCCCGACCUCCCGAUGGAUAAGCACGCCUUCCUCACGCUCUCAACUGGUUCGCUCGGACUCCAUCGCAUAGGGCACGACUCGUGCCAUGAGCAUAGAAUGUUGUUACUGAGAUUGAAAGCUGCCAGACAUGGUCCGCGGUUGAUCCGUACAGGGAUCGCAGAAGCAGGUCUGUGAACGUCGGCAUAAAGCUCCCCUCAAGCGGCAGACUCUGAGCGCGGAUAUGUCAGUAGGAGCAUUAUACCUGACAUAUCGAUUGACCUUCCCACGUACCCUUGGAGAUCUCGCCCCGCCAUAAUAUCAGGUCGUCCUUCAUGAGUUGUAGAAUCAUCAGCGCGUCUUCGAUGUUUGACAUUGCCGUCGACGCAUCGGCUACCGCUGCAGCAACUGCUUCGUCGAACGCAUGCUUCGCAAGGUGGCACGCGCGCUCGGGGCUCCGCAUGAUGUCGUGGAAGUAGACCGCGAAGUUGAGGGCCAAACCAAGGCGGGUAGGGUGCGUUGGAGGGAGAGUGGCGAGCGC